AAUAAUUUUCAGCGAGGACGUCGUUUACCUUGUAUCGGAGUCGGCUAACAUAGCAAAACUUGUGUUUAGUUGUCUUUCAAUCAGCCUAUGCCACACUUCUAUCAAACUAAUAUUUUUGUCUCAAGAAAAAGAGUCAACUCACACGAUCUCUAAUAAAUGGAAGUUUAGACUUUAUUUCUUUUAAGUUAAGUUUCUAACUCUUUCUUUCCAUCUCUUUAAAGAAUCAUUAAUAUGCAUACAUUUAACUAACUUAUGAAAACUUUGCGUUCGAAUCAAGUCUCAAAUGGAAUCCAAUUCAUCAAUUAAGCGUUCAAUACCCCCACAGACGGUGGACUUAUAAGACGAAUUGAUAUGGCAAAUCAUUUAUUUAGUUUCUCCUCCGCUUGUGAAACAUGUUUAAAUAAACUUUAUCUAAGCGCUAUUUAAAUAUUUCAUAAACUUGUGGAUAUUUUUGUACAUCAUACUUGGACUAUUGUCAAAGUUGAAUAUGGCCACCGUAAAAUGGAUAUAUCUCAUAGCUCAGAACAAAUAAUUCCGUCACUCAUUCUAAAUAAAGUAGCGAUCAUUAGACGAAAACAUGGCGACGAUCAAAGCAUGCUGCUCCAGAAUUUUGCUGUCAAGCGGCGAUUCCUUCGCAGUUAUAAAUUUAGGAAAUGAAAAGCCGGUUCAAGUUGUUAAAAUUCCUACCAAAGAUGAAGUGACUGCUGAUGGAGAGAGUAAAUCUCUACUACACAACAACAGUCCGAAAGAUGAUAAUCGUAUCCUCGCGUCUGCCUUGUCAAAAUCAGGGAAAUAUUUGGCUGUAGCAGACGACAGAAAGUACCUCCAUUUAUACACAACUGAUGAUGGCUGCCUGAUUUCUUCGAGGUGUGUUGUACGCCGAUGUACAGGUGUUGUGUUCAGUCAGGAUGAGACAUCCGUCAUCAUAUCGGAUAAAUCUGGAGAUGUGUACAGGUUUGUCGUACAUGAUGAGAAGAAGGAAGGAGAAUUAUUACUCGGACAUUUAUCCAUGCUCCUAGAUUUGAUUUUAAUAAAGAAUGAUAAGUAUGUGGUGACAAGUGAUCGAGAUGAAAAGAUGCGAAUUAGUUGUUAUCCUAACUGUUAUAACAUUCAUUCAUUCUGUCUAGGCCAUACCCAGUAUGUUAGUAGUAUGGUUUAUGAUGAAGAAGAUGAUCUAUUGAUAUCUGGAUCUGGGGAUUGUACAAUCAGAAUAUGGAAUAAUGAUGGACAGGAACAGCAUUGUCAGAAGUGUCGAUGUCCGUAUAAUUCAUCCGAAACUGAAUCGGAACAAUCUUACAUUAGACGACUAGCAUAUAAUCCAACCAAGAAAAUAUUAGCUGUAUGUUUUGGCAGAUAUUUAAAUAUAGAAAUUUACCAAUUAACGUCAUGUAAAGAAACGACAUCAUUAGAAUUACUAGAGACAUUACCAGUUGAGAGUGAGAUAUGGGAUGUGGGAUUUGAUGAGAGUGGUAGAUUAUGGGUUGUACAAUCUCUAGAGGAUAAAUAUAUCUCAGUGUAUAAUCUCAUUGAACAACAAGAUCAAAUAAAGUUAGAGAAAUGUGUUGAAGAGAAGAUAUGUAAUACUGUAAAUGAGCUCAAUAGUCUUAAAGAAUUCUUUACAGCAUCACAAAAUAUUGAAUCUAUUUAUCCCAACUUGAAGAAGGUUAGAAUCGACAAUAUGACAGAAUAUCUCCAACGGAAAGAGAAGAGGAUACAGGGACAGAAACUAGAUCCUCCCACUUAUGUGUUUCAGGAGAAAAAACCUAAAUUAUCAUGAUUUUUUAUAUAUAUUUUUUUUUAAAACAACAAAGUAUUUCAUAAAUCCAUAAAAUGAUUAGACUUCUCAUUUGAAUGAAAUAAUUUCCAUUUUUAAAAAAGAAUAUUUCAGUUUUUGUUACUUUUUUUAUUUACCGUAAACCCUCCUCCUGUCAAAAGUGAGAGAUAAAGAACCCAAUCACUGAUUCAUGUACCUAAUGUGAAUGUGAAAUGAAAUGGAGUAUAACAUCCUACUGUUCUGCACCGAAUUCCAACUGUUAAGGGUUUUAUGUGCAAGUCAAUAUGUACACGGAACCUCAGUUUUUCGUCCCACGUACGUUGUCCCUUGCCAGGCCCUCCAUCCUACAACACUGACUUUCUCUGCCACCGAAUUCCAACUGUCAAGGGUUCUUUUAUGUGCAAGUCAAUAUGUACACCAGACCUCGUUUUUUCGUACCAGGCCCUCCAUCCUACACCACUCAACCACUGCUGCUCCCUUAUGUCAAUGUUACAACCUCUUCUGGUUUUACCCCUUCUGGUUUUGCUUAUUUGCUAAUUGCAAACACAUGGAGGAUUGGAGACAGAAUUUAAAAUGAAGUAAUAUCUGUGGAAUCUUCGAAAUUUGAGACUCAAGUAUAGAAAUGUAUAAAAAGUUCCAAACAUUGACAGUACAUAUUCUGUGCAUUGUUGUAAACUUUCUGUUCUACUUGACUCAAGUCUGAACAUGUAUAAAAUGAGCCUGGAAAAUAAAAUGUGGGAUCAUGGAAAAGUACAAAAGUGCAGAAUUCACACUUUUUCAGUUCCAAACAUUGACAGUACAUAUUCUGUGCAUUGUAUACUUUCUGUUCUAAUUGUCUUUAA